GCGCCGCGCGCACGUCGUUACUCGUUCGCAGUUCGGUAUGCACGUCUUCCCGUCCUCCUCGCGUAGGCUAGUUUGAGUCAGCCGUAAGCAGUGGUACGUCGGUUGGGUGAAAGCAGCUCCGAGGAUGUCCAAGAAGCAGGACAAGGUGGACAGCGGCAUCGUCGCCGUGAAGAGCAAAUUCGACGCCGACAUCAUCAGAUUCUCCAUGAAUCGUAACGAGCCCAUGAGCUACGAGGACUUCGGGAAGCUGCUGGCGCAACGGCACGACCUGGGUGCGGACUUUAACUUUUCGAUCUGGUACACGGACACAGAUGGUGAUCUACUUCCCAUCAAUAAUGAUAACAAUCUGGCGAGGGCUCUAGCGAAUGCCAAGUGCCUGCUCAGAAUUUUUAUACACAGGAAAGGCGACGGGGCGUGGGACAAUGGAUACGGCACAAUAAAGCCUAAAAACUUGAUAUCCAGUAUCUUGGGCGGCACACCAGGAAAGCCGAAGUCCAUAGUUAUCUCAAAUCCACAUGAUUUUCGGCAGGUGUCCGCAAUCAUCGAUGUCGACAUACUGCCAGAAACCUGUCGACGUGUGCGCCUAUUGAAACACGGGUCCGACAAGCCCUUAGGAUUUUAUAUCAAAGAUGGUGAAAGCUUUCGCAUACUGCCGCCGUCCGCUGGUGGGGGGAUUGAGAAAGUUCCAGGUGUGUUCAUCAGUAGAUUGGUGCCGGGUGGCUUGGCAGAGAGCACAGGGCUUCUAGCGGUGAAUGACGAGGUCCUGGAAGUGAAUGGUAUUGAAGUCGCGGGCAAAACUCUCGAUCAGGUGACAGAUAUGAUGAUAGCGAAUUCCUCCAAUCUCAUCAUCACCGUCAAGCCGGCGAAUCAAAGGGCAGCGUUAACGGCACCUCGCCGUGGUUCGUUCUCGCGCAACAGUCAAUUAUCGUCAGGAAGUCGUCAGUCCACGCAGAGCGCCGGUAGUGACGAAGAGGCGGACGAGAUCGUCGAUCUCACAGGCAUGACGAUGCAGGACGACGCCUCGGCGUCGUCCACUCAACACCAUCCUUAUCAUCAUCAUCAUCACCAUCACCAAAAUUACGAUCAGGGUGUAUUGCACCUGUAGGGGGUAGAGCGUUUUAUAUUUACAAGUUAUAGGACGGCAAUGGACGAUCCGUUAUAAAGUAUCAUAGUACAAGCAUAGGAAAAAACGAGAGAAAUAAUCGCGAAAAAAAAAGACAAUUUCUGCACAGUAUUAUAAAUUGUCUGUGACUGAUACUCCUUACGGUGAUGCUCUGCGAAUUUUAGAAUUAGGAAAAUUGCUCGUGUCUAGAUACUUCGCAACUGAUCAUCCGUUACUCUGGGGCAUCGUGUUUUAGGCUACACUGUCACGAAGAAGAUAUCGAUAAUAUAAAUUUUGCUGCCUGACAAAUAACGCUCCAAAAGCAAAAAAGAGUGGCCUUACAUGAUACACCAUUCCAGUUAGUGUAAAAAAAAAAAACGAUAGAAAAAGGACAAGUGUUCCCUUAUAAAUGCAGCCACACGCCUAUUCGUGUAUCUACUACGUCCACACCACCGCAUGUUUAGACUGUUGAAGUUUUCGAAUUUUAAUUUCAUUUUUAUCUAUCAUUGUUAUCUGUUAUCCAAUUGCGGACUAAGGAUCGAAGGGUAAUGCUUUUUAUUAGGACGGUUAAGUGUAUCGACGGAAACGUCAGGUAUAAUCGAUCGUACUUUCACGUGUGUAAAAUAUUGUUCUUUGCGUGCCUUCAUCGAAGUGAAUUGAAUUAAUACGUUAGGAAAUAUCACAUUCCAGUUAUAUUUACAUCAUCGAGGAGGAGUGAGGGGAGUGAACGAGAUACCGUUUCUAAGAUAUCUAUACUGCCUUCGUAGUUACACGAGUCCAUUUUUAUAUACGCUCAAGCCCACUUUUUCUACUUAAUUCGAGAAAAGACAUGUACAUAUAUAAAUAUAUACAAAGAUAUAUAUAUUUAUAAUAUUCUAGAUAUUUUUCUAUUGAGUGUAUCUUUUUCGUAAAUCGCAAAUCUAUCACUUGGACUUCCGCAAUAAGCGCUAUUUUUAACGGGCCAUAUCGUAUCCAUAUUGUACCAUUAUUGCCAAAUUGUUAAUCGCAUUGUAUCACUUGCGCGAUCGUUAAGAUAUAUAUACCUUAUACAUUUCUUUUCAACUUAUUAGGCCGAGUGUCCAUGCGUCAUAGAUCAUGUAUAAUAUCUAAAAAAGAUGUACAAUAUCUAAAUAUCUUUUUAAAAAAGGUAUUUAUGGUAUGCGAGUCCAAGAAAAAAAGAGAGUGAGAAAGAGAGAGAGAGAAAGAGAGAGAAUGUUUGAGCGAGAGGAUGAAUUGAAGGAUUAGUAUUAUUGUAAGAUAAUCACUUUAAGUUUAAUCUGUACGAAUUUUAUCGCUCGAAGCGAAGAAUCAUUUUUGUACUUAACCAAAUAGAGUACGGACUAGUUACGUUUUGCAAGAAGUACUUAUUCGUCUGCGUCUGUACUAAGCGCUUUAUCGAACCGUAGUUGUUACUUUGGAGGGAGUGCUAAAUUAGCGUUUGCGAGAAAUUAGAUAUAUUUUUAACGUGGUACGUCGCAUGUACUCCUUAGUGCGGAUAAGCGGUAAUUAAUGAAUCACGAAGGACGAAAAUACUUAUUAACGCUGUAAUUCUUUUUAACGGCAGCUUAUGAAAUAAAGAUAUUUUAUUGUA